AUGAAAGAAAAGAUAAUUUUAAUCGCAGCAGUAAAUUUUGUAGAUGAAAUUACAAGCAUCAAAUAUAAUAACAACUUAUUGGAAAUAAUAGCCAAUGAGAAAAAACAUAAAGUACAAGUUGAUAGACCUAAUAAAUCUUUCAUCAUUCAUAAUAAAAAUAUUGAUAAAUACGAAAUAAUCAAUAAAGUUGGUUAUUUUAAACAUAAAAAUACAAAACAGUAA